AUGACACAGCAGACACAACAGUCUACUACAAUGGAUACCCAAAUGUUGAGUCAAUUGAUGAAGACUACACCAAUUCCUUCUGUUCUUUUGCAGAGAAUUCCAAAUUUGCCUCCGAAUGUGAAUACGUGGACACAGAUCUUUGGAUUGAUGACAAGCGGGCAGUUAAAUCAGAGCUAUGCACCAAUUAUUAGACAAGCGUACAGUGUACAUCUUCAAAUGCUCCAGAAGCAACAUGCCCAGAAGAUUCAA